AGAUAACGGUGAAAGUAGCCGGCGAGUUUGUUUGGGUCGUGAUAGCAGCAGGGAGGAAUCGCUCUCUUAUUUAACACCUUUUUCUGCAUUAAUUCCCACAAAAUGAGUAUAUUUGGCAAGAUCUUCGGGGGAGGGAAGAACGAGAAGGCGCCCACCACAGGGGAAGCUAUCCAGAAACUGCGAGACACCGAAGAAAUGUUGGUAAAAAAGCAAGAUUUUUUGGAGAAGAAAAUCCAACAAGAAAUUUCCAUCGCCAAACAGAAUGGAACCAAGAACAAGAGAGUGGCUCUGCAAGCCCUGAAACGUAAGAAGAGGUACGACAAGCAGCUGCAGCAGAUUGAUGGAACCCUAAGCACAAUAGAGAUGCAGCGUGAGGCUCUCGAGUCAGCCAACACCAACACCAAUGUCCUGGAGACCAUGAGCAAUGCAGCCAAGGCUCUCAAGGCAGCACACAAGCACAUGAAUGUGGAUGAGGUGCACGACAUGAUGGACGACAUUGCCGAGCAGCAGGAUGUGGCCAAGGAGAUCUCAGAUGCCAUCUCCAACCCUGUCGGCUUCGGGGAAGACGUAGAUGAGGAUGAUCUUCUUGCUGAGUUGGAAGAACUAGAACAGGAGGAGCUGGACGAGAAGCUACUCAACACUGGGGAGUCAGUGGCAGAGCUUCCUGAGGUGCCCACAGGAAACUUGGCCCGUGUAGAACGGAAGAAGAAGGAGGAGGAGGAUGACGAAAUGGCUGAACUGGCUGCCUGGGCCUCCUAAGAGACUGAAUGUUUGGUUGCUGGCUUCCCUCUCCUCCAGGAGCCAGCAGACUCCCUCACCACCCUUACUACCAAACAUACCUAAUUGGAGAGGCUUAAAAAUGACUUCACCUUAAGCACUUGCAAUGUCCUAAUUUGAGUAAAGGCAAGUUUUCAUAUGUGGUUGCUGCACAGUGGUCCUCCAUGGUCUCUGACUCCCCCAGGCAAGCUUAGCAGCCACCAUGGUUCCUCCUACAACACCUACUGCAAGAGUGAGGCCACUGAGGACUGCUGACAUACCUCUUCCCUGUGAAAGUGUCCAGACUGUUGCUUUGUGUUUUGUCAAGGGAUUGAUGCCGCCUCCAGUGUGCUUGAUGGCUCCUCUAGUAACCUUCCUUUGCCCUCUGUGUCUUCAGGUUUUCUACCACUUAAUUUAGUUUUAUGCUCCUCUUGAUUUCAUACUCAUUAAUGAUUAGUGUUGAAUUCCUUCUUGCAGAGCUGCAUGUGUAUAGUUUAUUUGAUUGUGAGGAUAUGGUUGAGUGAAAGGUUCACUGCUACUACGUUGGUUAUUGGUACAUUUGGUAUGUAUAGCUAUAAAACACAAGUUAUUUAAUGUGCCUUAACAAAAUUACAUACAAGGCAAGCGUCUCCCUUCACUGCAAGUUACACUGCACAUAUUGCUACCAUCCUAUGCAAUACAGUUUUGUUUUCAUAUUAAUUUUCACAAGUAUAAUUAAUUAACUGAAUAUACCUGAACCACAUAAGCACCAGCACAUGUUAUCAGACCUCCAUCCCAACCCUGGCUGGCUUUAUAUAUAUAUAUAUAUAUAUAUAUAUAUAUAUAUAUAUAUAUAUAUAUAUAUAUAUAUAUAUAUAUAUAUAUAUAUAUAUAUAUAUAUAUAUAUAUAUAUAUAUAUAUAUAUAUAUAUAUAUAUAUAUAUAUAUAUAUAUAUAUAUAUAUAUAUAUAUAUAUAUAUAUAUAUAUAUAUAUAUAUAUACUUUUAUUUUUUAGACCAAAAGAUAUGAAUUACAUGAUUAAUUCAGGUUCUGAGAUGUGGCAAUCUCAAGACAAUGGUGACAGUUGUGGUUGUUGGUCACCAAGUGUUUGUGCAGUGGAGCCAAGCUGUGUUGUCACUUCAUGCAGUGUGUUAACUCUCCAUGAGCCUGUAUUAUCUGUUUCCAGCCCACAUAUCAUAAGUGUUUGUUGUAUUUCAUCAAAAGACUUCCGUAAAGUACCUCAAAAUACACUUGUUGUCAUCACAACGCCAGUACAGUGUACCUGCUGCCAGCAGUCAGGUCCUCAUCACCUCAGCUUUGGGUGUUGUGUGUUGACAGUGGCAAGCAGGCGCCUCAGGCUGGCAGACACUUACCAACAGACACAUGUAUGAUUGGUUGCUGUUUCUGUAAUUGUUUAUGUGGGAUGAAGCCGUGACUGGUGAUGUGAGGGCCACUGAUGUACUGUAUACUGUUCUCCCUGUGUAGCAUGUCCCUACCUCCCAGGACCUUCCUUGAGGAGUGGGAGGUGGCUGGGAUGUUGUUUGCUUGGCAUUUACACACUUGCUGUGACCAGUGGGUAUGAAUUUUGUGCAUAGGCCAUUGGAAUAAUUACUGCAAUACUACUAUAGAUAGAAAAGGGGAGAGGAGGAAAGUUGUCCUCAGUGCACAGUCUGCAGGUAGCAGGGCUUUCAUUUUCCGCAUUAUGUUCUUACCUCCUGGGCUUUUACAUCACAGGGCUUGUGAGGCUGUGUGCCAACCCAGCCAGAAUACAGUGUGCAGGACGCUGACCAGUCCAACGUAAGCUGUAGCUGUGUUAGGUAGUUGCUAUACCACUGACACGGAACACCCCGGUCAUUAUUUGUAAGGUUGGCGGUAAUGCACUGGAGGCGAGCUUGUGGCCUCUGAGUGGUUGAUGGGGCUGCUGACCCACACGGGGCAUUCUGUGGACGGCCCAGAGUUUGGCGGUGCAGGCUUCAGAUAUGACGAUUGUGGAGGCUCAUGUUAAUUCCCAGCACCCUUCUAAUGCACAUAGUUGGAGGGUUGAUGGGCUGCAUGCAGGCAGUCAUAACCUCUCAGUUCUCAGAAAUAUGGCCAUUGAACUCAGGACUCAGAGCUUACUUGUCCACAACUAGACUACUAAUAAGGUUGAGUCAAGAAAUUCAUGACCUAAGCUACAGAAAAUAUAAUAUAAAUGCCAUAGAACAUGUUAGUAGCCUGUGUGUCACCACCUGCUGAACAUGGCCAUCCGGUGAGAGCCUGGUGUGUGUCUUAGCUCAGCCAGUCAAGUGGAGGCGAUGAAUUCACCUUGCGCAUACUUAGGAAGAAAAUAUUGGCGCUUGCAUACGUCUAAAGUACUUGUAAUCCUCCAUGUUUACUAAAUAACCAGUGGCUGAUGUAGGAUAAGAAAGUACGAGUUUCAAUAUAUGUAUUUGAUAUGAUUCAAAAUAUAUUAUUUCCACUUA